UCGAAAUGAUCCAGGCCCUCUCGUUGCAUGGUAUGCUAGGACAUGAAUUAUUUGAACUCGUUUGUAAACCAUGAAGGUAGUUUCAGCCGUGGUCCAGAUGUGUACCUAGGUAUGCACGAUGACACUUGGGGAUUUGACACGUGCGAGAGAUAUCUUGCUUGGUCGUCGAACCACAAGGAGGGGGAAAAGUCGUCUAUCACAACACCACAAGGACAAGAACUUGAAGACUCUGCGAACAUAUAAAUCCAGAAAUUAUCAUGUCCGGAAAUGCGCUGCACGAUGAGAUUCUGUAUCUCGAGGACAAGACGUGGCAAGCUUUGCAACGAUCCGGCAAAGAUCUCAUGCCUUACCUAACCAAAGACGCCAUCAUGCAAUUCCCGCUGGGCGUCAAGGUCACCGCCGACUCUCAGCCAUCGCUCACAGAAAUCCUCAACACGCCUGGAUUUGUGCCUUGGAAGACAUAUUCACUGAAGAACGUUGAUGUGACAAGCAUUGGUUCUGACGGUGCGGUCAUCUCCUACCUGGCUGUCGCAACUCGCGCAACGGUCGGCUCCGAGGGUGGAGAUGAUGUCGAGUGGGAGGCGCUUUGUUCGAGUGUCUGGCGUACGGAGGGAGAUGGGAAAUUCUACAUGUGCUUCCAUCAGCAGACAUUAACAAGCUGAAGACGUUGUUUGCCGAUGUGUUACCUCACAAUGUGUGCCUUUUACACAUGGCUAAUUUCACAUUUCACAACCUCGUCUCACACCUUGCAUUUUGUCACAUCCCCAUACCGCAUAAUUUGUCGAUUUGUGACUCGCAUCAUACGCAAGAUGUACAAGGUGUGAAGGUGGCCAUUGUUUCAUGAUCGCGGGGGAACGUCUUUUGGUACAAAUUAGCCUAUUAAUCGAUAUUGACACACACCGGAAACAGACUACAUUUACAUAUAACUCUCGAUCAUUCCAUGAUCCAUACCCAAGCAUA